GGAUCAACGCGUAGCUGUCAGCAUGUAGCUGUGAGCGCCAACUCGUUUCAGAGUUACCUCGACCGCGGCGAAGUACAGACGUGCUCACCAUUAAUGUUCAAGUUGCUGCCUUGUAUUAUUUAUGGAACAAGAAAGGAAGACUUCAACAGUAACGAAGAAAAAGACUUCAAGUUCAUCCACUGCUCAAAGAUUACCAGUGGAGGCAUUUGUGACAUCACUCUGAAACGCUUCUAUAGUCACCAAACAUAUUGGUCUCUCAGCGCCGAGCGUCAGCGUGACUCUAAAACCAGCCUUGCACAUACACAUAAACGCACUAAAUGGUGCGGCUCGGGAACUACUGCAAAUGACUAUAACGAGCUUGGGAAUGCUUGGGAAGAAGAUCAAUGCUGCAGAGAACAUGAUCACUGCUCCGAUGUUAUCCCGCCUGAAAGAAGAAAACACAAUCUGCUAAACGAUAGUGCCUAUACUAGAACGUCCUGUGAUUGCGACGACAAAUUCUAUCGAUGCUUGAAAAAAAUUAAUUCAAAAACAGCAUAUUUUAUAGGAGUAUUGUACUUUAAUAUUUACAAUGCGAAGUGUUUUAAAAAGGAUUACAAAAUGACUGUUUGUGCAACAAAAAGGACCUUUUUUUCGAAAUGCAAAGACUAUGAGAGGGAUUACUCUAGGCCCCAGUUGUAUCAAUGGUUUGAAUCGCCGAACUUUUAGUGACAUUAGAAUUUUCAAUCCAAAACAUAUGCUAUGUAUGUUCAAAAGUUUUAAAGCGAAUUUAUAUUUUUCUGCAAUAUAAGAAUCUGAAGAUUGUUAUUAUAAAUUAUAUUUAUACUUUUAAUGUUAUAUGUAUAGACAGAAAAGG